UAUCAAAGACAUCCUAAAAAGUGAGACUAUUUAUUAACCAAUUACCAUUUUAUACAAAUCUACUUUAUUAUACAUUAUACAAUAUUAUUAAUGCAUUCGCACUUCCAGUUGUCAUUGGGACGUAAAUAAAAGUCGGAAUAUAUGUGCCACACUCCAUUUAUUGCUUUCUUGGGCAGUUUGAGGUUAACCGUGAAGGGAAGGUUACGUUUUGCCAUGGAAGGGAAAGAAUUGGAUCUGUACAGACAAACACCGGUGAGAUAUUUAGGUGAGUCUACCUUUAAAAGUAAUUGCCAGCCCGCGACGGUGCAAAGACACUUAAAUUUGCUUGCAGGAUACUCGAAUGAAGUUGGUGAGGCAUUUAGAUCAAUAAUAGGGAGCAAAUGGGUCAAUUUUACGUACGCAGUAGCCACUGUUUACGUCCUGGCUGAUACCACAGACAAAAGUAUUAAAUCUUACAAGGUUAAUUUGAACGAGAAAAAUCAUUUAAGGAAAGUUAUUUACACCACGACAGAUACCCUCGUCUGGCAGAUGCUUGCUUCAGUAGCCUUACCUGGAUUUACUAUAAACAGAGUGUGUGCUUUGUCGAAUUUUAUACUUAAAACUACCGAUAAGCUGCCGAAGAAUACGAGAAGGUGGGUGGUUACGGGUAUAGGACUUGCUACCAUUCCUUUUAUCAUCAAACCUAUAGACGAGUUAGUCGACUAUGUGUUAGAUAAAAGUAUUAGAAAGCUGCAGCCUAAAUAGAAAUUAGUUCAGGUUUAGGUGCUCUGAUUUUGCAGAUAAGGUAGGCCUGUGAGAUUUAGAAAACGUAAAAUUUUUAUUUUGCUAAUAAGACUAUCGGAGUAUUAUAUAUUUGUAAUAAUGAAAAAAAGUGCGAUAAUAAAAUAACUUCUACUGCCAGUCGAUGACGUUAUGUAUUUUUAGCCGCAGUAGUCAGUAGUGAUAGAAUAGAUUCAAAGAAUUUAUUGUAAUAUUAGUAGCCUCGUUGAAAUAGCGUAAUUUUAUUGUUGUUAUACAUAUAAAUAGUUGAAUUUAUAAUAUUGUUACUUAUAUAAACUUUUAAUUUUUUCCUUCCUCAAUGACCUUUAUGAAAAUGUGUUCUUUCGAAUAGUUCUAGUUUGAUGGAGCGUUGUUUGUCAGUCUGGAUAUUAGAAAUAAUAUAUUUUAUAGUCAUAUUUGUUUUAUAAUUUUUUAUUAAUCAAUCUUUUUUUUAUAACUACAGAAUAAAGAACAAUGGGUCGAAAUUAAUUCAUCCUGGUAAUAGUUCAGAAAUGAACGAACAUAUUUUUUAUUUAUGUAAUACAAUU